AUGGAUUCAACCAACAAGACUUCAGUUGAGGAAUUUGUUUUAUUAGGUUUUGGAAUUGAACAGCACAAGCGUUUGCUGCUCCUCGUCUUUUUCACUUUUCUCUAUGUGCUCACUUUGGUUGAGAACGUCACCAUUAUUAUCUUGGUGUUUUUGGACACCCACCUUGGGCGGCUUCCUAUGUACAUCCUGCUGAGCAACUUCUCCUGGUUGGAAAUGUGCUACGUGUCCUCCACAGUUCCUCGCAUGAUCUUUGAUUUAGCAGUUCCUGGCGGCAUCAUUUCUCUCAAAGAAUGUUUAAUCCAGUUCUACAUCUUUUUCAUCCUUGGGGGCACGGAGUGUUUUUUCCUUUCAAUUAUGGCCUUAGAUCGGUACGUGGCCAUCUGCCACCCAUUGCACUACCCACAAAUUAUGUCUCAAAAUGUCUGCUACAUUCUGGUGGCUCUUUGUUGGAUCCUUGGCUUCCUGUGGUAUCUUGUUCCAGCAACGUUGAUCGCUAAGUUGUCCUUUUGUGGCGCCAAUGUCAUUGACCACUUUUUGUGUGAUGCUGGUCCAAUCCUAUCCUUGGCUUGCCCUCCGCUUGGAAUGGUUCCCACUUGGAGUCAGAUUUGUCUCAAUGGUCUGCUCCUAGGUAAUAUGACAUUUGUUAUUUUGUCCUACGGCACUGUGAUUUUCACUCUAAUGAAGAUGUCCAACAAAGGCAGUCGUAGGAAAGGCUUUUCUACCAUCUCUUUCCAUCUAAUUGUGGUCUCACUUUUCUAUGGUUCAGUGACAGCAAUGUACUUGUUACCAGGUGGAGAAAGCCAGUUAGGUAUCACUAAGGCAGUGACUCUCUUCUAUACCACUUUUACACCUUUUCUCAACCCCUUGAUCUACUGUCUGAGGAACAAUCAAUUUAAAGAAGCACUGAAUACAUUACUAAGGAGAAAGGUGAGACUCAUAUGGAGCAAGGGAUAG